GUAGCUUUGCGGGCCCUUAAAUGCGCAUACAGGCCCAGGAGCGUCCUGCGCAGGCUCCCCAGCCAGUGUGCUCCUGCAGCAUUUUCAGGACGGCCGGCGCGGCCGUGGACCGGUGCGUGGACCGGUGCGUGGACCGGUGCGUGGACCGGUGCGUGGACCGGUGCGUGGACCGGUGCGUGGACCGGUGCGUGGACCGGUGCGUGGACCGGUGCGUGGACCGGUGCGUGGACCGGUGCGUGGACCGGUGCGUGGACCGGUGCGUGCGCGCGCAGUACGUUGCCACCCUGGACCUGCCGGUGCCCAAGCCCGAGCAAGCGCCUCCUGUCCACGUCCCCGCGGCUCGCUGUGCACGCGGGGAUGACAGUGCUGUGCCCUCGGGGGACUACGUGUGGCUGCCGGACCACACGUUCGUUGCCUGCAGCGCGCGCACAGAGCAGCUACGCUGACGCCGCAGUGGCUGCGGCGCUACGUGCCAGCACGUGCACCAGAUGCACCAGGUGUUCAGGCCUCGCCUGCCUCGCCUGCCGGCGGACGAGCGAGGCGCCAGCCGAGGAGGUGCUGGCACCGCCGCCGGCCGUGCGCUAUCCAUACCCAUGCGACCCAGCGACCGCCGACGCCAUGUCCAAGUGGGAGUCGUCUGUGGCCGCCGCCCCAGGGCUGGCCGCGACUUUGUGCGGCGGCGGGGCUGGCGGAGGCGGAGGCGCAUGCGGCAGUAGCAGCGGCGGUGGCAGUGACAGCAGGGAUCUGCUGGAGCUGUCGCCGCUGAUGCCCGGCGGCGGCUGCUGCAGUUGUGGCCACCCGUACACGCCGCACAAGGCUGGGCUAGCUACCGUGUACGACCCUGACACCAUCGGGCCCAAGCAAGCACGGCUGUUCGAGCUGCGCUCCGGCUGCGGCCGCGCUGGCUGCGUGGUGGUGUACGACGGCGUGCAGGACGGCCUCUUCCGCUACAGCAGAAUGUCCUUCUUCAGCCUCCGCCACAUGUACAACUACGCCGAGGGGCUCCAGAGCACGGGCCUCAACGUUGAGGCGUACGUGAAGCAGCAGCACCGCCUGGUAGCGUCAACGCUGCCGCGUGACGAGCAGCGGCCCCCUCAGUUCUCGACGUCGCUGUUCAGGCUUGCUUGGCGUGUUUGAGGCGCGACUGGACCGCUGCCAUGUGUUCGUGUGCCCCAUUUGCGGCCGGACGCCGCGCGCGCUUGUGUGCGACGACUGCUGGCGGCGGCAGCGGCACUGGCGGCGGCAGCAGCACUGGCGGAGGCAGUAGCACUACUGGCGGAGGCAGCAGCACUACUGGCGGAGGCAGCAGCACUACUGGCGGAGGCGACCUGACCUGACCUGACCUGACCUGACCUGGAGACGGCGCCAUGCCGCGGCGUGAGCAUACGCGCGCGGGGCGGUGCUGGUGUGCCGAGGAGAAAUGGCGCGUCGCGCUGCGGGUCUACAGCAGCGCCAUGCGGGGUGAUGGCCGGGACGUGUAUGAACAGAAGGUGGCGGGCUGGGCAGCGGCGGCGGACAGCGUCAAGCAGCACCAAACACCGGCUGCUGACUGAACGCAGUGGACGCCGGCCUUCCAGAGGCCGACCGGCGCCAGGGCCUCACGGUGAGGUUGCUUCGCGUCAUCUCAAGCGCCGCGGUGGCCGUCGGAGGGCCUCCAGGGUCGCCGGAGCGUCUGGUUCUAGCACAGCUGGUAGAUUGCAGCACUGCGCCGGCGGUGGCGUACUUCCACUUGAAUGCGUGGGCGCAGCGUCGAUGUGGGCAGCAGUGGCAGCACAGCAGCAGAAUCAGGUGAUGGUCGCAGCGUCACUGUUCUCCCUGGCGGCAGGAUCGAUACUGCCGAUUGUUGCCUUCAUGGGCCACCUGUGCCAGCGGUCCCUGACGUGCGGUAGCGGGUUCGAUGGAGGGCCGCGCCUUCCCGAACAGGGUGCGGCGUCGGCCGUCACAGGCGAGUGCCUACAGUCUGCCCACUGCUGUGGGCUACUCGGCCGCGCUCGUCCACGGUAUGCGACGGAGAUGGACGCGCCGGGGAAGGCCGCUGAUGAGUUGGAUGGUGGCGUGGCUGCCUCGUGCUCCCACAAUUGCUGCGCGCGAGGGCCGCGCACGGGCGAUGUCUUCACGGUGUUCUGUGAGCACGGUGUGUGUUACUCGUUCUGUGCUGCCACGCCUGGAGGGCCGGGACGAGAUGUACAGCUGGAUGGUGUCGGACUUGGAACGGGCGCUGGAGAUAGUUGUGUAUGAUUUCGCGUGUAGCCUGCACGAGUUUGCCUGAACCGUGCCCCAGCGUUCUUCCGAGACAUGCUGUUUGUGGUAGACCGCUUCCACUGGAAGAACCACACCGGCUGCUCGCACGCCUACAACCUAUCGCUGUAUCGGGUACUGGAGAGCCUGAACUAGGAGGUGGCGGAGCAGGUGAACGGCCUGCUGCAGCCGUACAAGCCCAUGGUUAGCCAGAUACGGCAGGACAACUUCAUGUCCUGCCUGCGGUUCAUGCUGGGCAACAUCAACAAUCAGCGCAUAGACAUCCUGAUGCAAAAGAUGGCGCACGUGAGGGGUGUGUAGGGAUUCAGGGUUGGACGGGGCGUGCUGGCUGCAUAGCGGCGACGAGUGUUUGGUCCCGACUCAGUUCGUACGUUCUGUAAAGCGAGGCAAGACGUGUACGCAUGUAUCGAACAUUGCGACGCCGUGCUCAAGGGACAUCUGGCCAGCCCAGCCAUGGAAGAGCGCACAUGCGAGGGCAUGGUGACCUGCGGCACUACAUUUUGUCGUAUAAGCCGUCUGCACACUGUUCAAUCAUCAUGCGCUGGCUAGGCCGUGCGUCAUGAGUUGGUUGGCAGCCGGAUGGGCUUGCCAAUGUCAUUGAGUUGUUGGGCCAGGCACAAGAGGCCGUCUUUUGGCUCUAGGAUACAUUUCUUGCGCAACAAAGAAGACCACCGCACAACCAUUCCUGCGUGUAAUAGUGCCUGCUU